AUGAUUGUUUAUGGUCAUAAUAUAUAUAUUAUUGAUUAUAAUAGUGCUAUGAAACCCGAGAUUCUCAGUUAUUAUCAAGGAUAUUUAUCAACUACUUCAAAGAAAAAAAAUCGUAGUACUUUAUCAAUUGAUUAUUUACAUAAAACUACUAAAUGUACAUUAGAGAACGAAGCUAAAGGUGAGGAUGUGAGUGAAUUCAUUACAAGAUUUAAUCAAUUAAACGCACAAAUUAAACGUGUUGAACAAAAAAUUGAAGAUGUUGAUAAAAGAGUUAAUAAAAAAGUUGAUCAACUUCCUCAAAAAAUUGAUAAUAAUCAUGAAACAAAUGCAACAUAA